GAUUGUAGAGAGCGUCGGCCGUAAACGGGCGGAGGUGGGGAGCCUUAGCUAGCCCGCCACCCGGGAUCCACCCGUUAGCAUCACCAAAGCCGAUAAUGAUGGAGGGCCUCCGACGUCAUCUCUUCCCCGGUGUUGAUAACGGCAACGUUGGCUAAACAAGUUUUCUGAGGAAACGAAGUCCCCAGAGAGGCCGAGACACCCGUCCCGAGGAGAACCACCUGCUGUGCCUAGUUGUGACAUUGUUUACAUUUCUGUCCCCGCCGGUGGGAGGACAUCUGCCUUUUGUUGACUUUACAGUUCUGCCCCCGGCGGAACGAGCUCGACUUGAGUUCCAGGACCCGGAUGGACAGUGAAGAUGACGCAAUUAUCUGAUAUUGCCCCAGAGGGCAACGUGGACAUGGCCAUUGGUGUUGGUUCUUUGUUGUACGCGAGGAGCUCCAUCCCCUAGUUGUCUCGAUGACGGCCUUUUUCUGACAAAAGACAAGGGCCACUUGGGGGGCCAGGAGGUGCUCCUUUUUCAACAGUGUGAUAGACCCCAACUGAAAACAUGGAGCUCUUCUUCAACCCGUUCGACAACCUGGUGUGCAUCCUGCUGGGCAUCUCCCUCACCGUGUGGUUCACCCUGCUGCUGGUCUUCAUCAUCGUGCCUGCCAUCUUCGGGGUGUCCUUCGGCAUCCGGCGUCUCUACAUGAAAACCUUAUUGAAGCUCUUUGAGUGGGCCACUCUGCGGAUAGAGAGAGGAGCAAAAGAAAACAACCACCACUUGUACAAACCCUACUCCAAUGCCAUCAUUGCCAAGGAGCCCACCUCCUUGGAGGAGGAGAUCAAUGAGAUCCGGCGGAGUGGCAGCAACCGGGAACUGAACUCGGCCCCGGAGUUUGAGAUGUCCGACAUCUUCUAUUUCGCCCGGCGCGGAGUGGCGAGCAUCAUGGACGACGAGGUGACCAAGCGGUUCUCUGCUGAGGAGUUGGAGUCCUGGAACCUGCUGACCCGCAGCAACAACAACUUCCACUACAUCAGCCUGAGGCUGACCGUCCUGUGGGGGCUCGGCCUGCUCAUCCGCUACGGCCUGCUGCUGCCUCUCAGGGUGACUCUCGCCUUCACCGGUGUCGGCCUCCUCGUGUUCCUCACGUGUGUGAUUGGGCUGCUGCCAAAUGGAAGGUUAAAAAACGUUCUCAGUCAGAAAGUCCACUUGAUGUGCUACAGAAUCUGUGUCAGAGCUCUGACUGCCAUCAUAACCUACCAUGACAGUGAGAAUAAACCCAAGAACGGAGGUCUCUGCGUCGCCAACCACACCUCGCCUAUAGAUGUCAUCAUCCUGGCCAGCGAUGGCUGCUACGCUAUGGUUGGCCAAAUUCACGGUGGCCUGAUGGGGGUCAUUCAGAGGUCCAUGGUCAAGGCUUGCCCACACAUUUGGUUUGAACGCUCAGAAGUCAAAGACAGACAUCUAGUGGCCAAAAGAUUGAGUGACCACGUGGAAGAUAAAUCUAAACUGCCCAUUCUAAUUUUCCCAGAAGGAACCUGCAUUAACAACACAUCAGUCAUGAUGUUUAAGAAGGGCAGUUUUGAGAUUGAUGCCACAGUCUACCCUGUGGCCAUAAAGUAUGACCCUCGAUUUGGAGACGCUUUCUGGAACAGCAGCAAGUUUGGAAUGGUCAACUACCUGUUACGUAUGAUGAGCAGCUGGGCCAUCGUCUGCAGUGUGUGGUACCUCCCCCCCAUGUCCAGAGAGGAGGGGGAGGACGCUGUACAGUUUGCAAACCGCGUGAAGGCCGCCAUAGCCAGGCAAGGCGGACUGGUCGACCUCCUGUGGGAUGGAGGGUUGAAGCGAGGAAAGGUAAAAGAUACCUUUAAAGAAGAGCAGCAGAAGCUGUACAGUAAGAUGCUGGUGGGCACCCAGGAGGACCGCAGUCGCUCCUGAGGGACCUGUGUGGGGGUGGACUGGACCCGAGACCCACUUGGGCACCUCUGACUAAAUAGGCAGUCAGCAGUGCUCCCUCGCCGCAGGAGCUCUUGGACUGGAAAAUGUCCCUCUCUGAUGUCAACAGUACUCCAUUUGGCUUCCUCGGUCACUGCCUCAGGCUUGUUCGGUGUGCGUCGUUGUCCCGGGUCGUCCUUUGUUGGAGCAGCUCGACCGAAGCCCUGCUUGCGUUGAAAGUGAAAAUAAGAAGCGCACGGAAAAGGAACAUUGUCUUCCUUGCAAGCAGUUUUUUGUGGGAAACCAUGUGUUAUUAUCUAUCAUGAGUUACUGUCUUUGGUAGUUUCAGCCUUUUUCAUUUUCAUUUAACUGUCAUGUUUGUAUCACACUGUGUUACAGUUACAGAGCUGAUUAUACAUGGGACAAAACAAAGAAAGCUAUUGUAAUAAUAACUGGUUUGUUCUAGAGCUAAAACCUGGGACUGAGUUGGAGUUUUGCAUGACUGGCUUGGGCCCAUGAUUUGGGGCACAAUGCCAGAUUUUGUUACAUUACAGAUAUUUUUAUGGUCUUUUUCCAAGAGAAAAAAAAUGUGUAUUUUAAGCUUUGUGUUUUACAUUAAGACUUGUAUCAAAACAUGUGAUCACUGUAGGAGCUGCAUCUCAGAUGAGCUGUUCAUAUGUCGUCUGUUUCAUUUUUCUCUUCCGUGGAAUGUGUAAAUCGUCACAUUGUGAAAUGGAAGUCGUGGAUCCACAGUUACUCGGAUGGAGGUUUGUGUAUUGAGGUAGAUAGUCCUCAUUGUUAAAGCUAAUAGUGAAGUGAAAGGGUAUAACUUGCAUUCAGUAAGAAGGUGUUCAGGAUGCUUUUAGCAUUACCACUUUGAAGCCCCAUGGCACACAGGUAGUGACGUUUUCACCGUCACAAUUCGCUAAUACAUGCCCAUACUAAUUAUUGUCCUAACAGCCAUCAUGUUCUACAUUGGCGUCCUGCUCAUGCAGUGACCAUCUUGCUUAAUUUAUUUUAAACCAACUCUAAAAGCUACUUUCUUUAUCCCCCCCCCGUCGGUGGUGAGCUCCCUCCCACCGGCCCUCUGUUAACAGGAAGAGCCAUUUGAGUUGUGUCGUUUCUGCUCAUCAAAAUAAAUGUUCAAGAAUGUGACUCGA